AUGAAAAAACUUUUGUUACUUUCGUAUAAUAUUCAAAAUUUUGCUUGCGUAGUAAUACUCAAAGGAAAAAGGGAAAAAAAGAACACACACACACACACAAUUCACAGUCACUCCACACUUUUUUUUAUUAAUAUCAAUUCAUACUUAACAACCUGUUAUUUACUUCAUAAGUGUUUAGUUGCAAUGUUUGGAUCAAAAGAUAAAGAACCUACUGAGAUUUUCAAAAACAAUGAGAAAUUGAGCAUUCAAGACCUUCCUAUUUUCACACGUUCCCAAUUAGCCCAAUAUAAUGGAACCGAUAAACCAGAAUUGUAUGUUGGUAUAAGAGGAUAUAUUUAUGAUGUUACCCCUAAUUCCAAUAGUUAUGGUCCCGGCAAGGCUUAUCAUAAAUUGGUUGGAAAAGAUGUGAGCAGAUUGUUAGGGUUAAAUAAGUUAAAAUUAUCAGAGGAUAGUAAUGAAGAUACUUGGUACACUGAUGAUUUAGAUGAAAAGCAACAAGGAAUAAUUGAUGAUUGGGUCAAGUUUUUUAAAAUGAGAUACAACAUUGUCGGUGUUAUUGUUGAUCAUAAUUGA